CAGUUCUGUACGAGACAUUGUGCGGUGCGGUCGAUACAGCGGCAAAGCCAACUUCAAACGACGACGACGACAUCGAAGACACGGAGAUACAAAGCUGAGAUAGAAGGCGCAGACGAAGACGUGCGUCUCUUGAGGUGCAAUUCGCAAUUUGCAAUUGUGCAUUAACCGAGAUAGGCAUUAAGUGUUAAGUGCCGUGCCGUAAUAAAUAUAUAAUUUAUGCCAGUUUAGUCUUGUGGAUGGACCGAUCAGCGAUCGAACGUGAUUGCAUCUCCGAUCUCAAAUUUCAAAUUUGAAACUUUGGCGCGUGUGCUCUUGACUUUGUUUCCACAUUCGAUCAGUCAGUCAGACAGACAGUCAGACUGAGAGUCAGACUGGCAGCUGACAUUUGAUCUUUGCUAAAGAUCGACUAAAGAUCGGUCGACUCGUGUGAUCCGCGAUGUGUGCUUAGUGCGAACCUCAACUGAGACCAUAUGGACUCCCAUCGAAAGCAACACCUACGUGUACCACAGCAAUUUGUUUGCUCAGUUUAAGACUCAGCCCCCCCACCACCAGCAAAGCGUCCACUAAGCUGGCCCAUUGAUUAGGCAAUUGGAGGCAACAGUAGAAAAUCAAAACACCAUAAAAACGACAUAAAUCAACAACAACAAAGACAACAACAACGGCGAAACGUUGACGAAAAUGCCAGCAAAUAUGAAAGAUUUUCAUCGGGAAGCAUUCGCAAUCUGCUGUUUCAUCAUACUUAUGGCCAGUGAGUGCCAAGCUGCAUUGAACACGCAAAAGACUUCCUUCUCUUGUGCAGGACGACCGGCAGGUUACUAUGCGGAUGUGGAAACUGGCUGUCAGGUCUAUCACAUGUGCGAUGGCUUGGGCCGUCAGUUCAGCUAUACGUGCCCCAAUACGACGCUCUUUCAGCAGCGCAUGCUCAUCUGCGAUCAUUGGUACAUGGUCAACUGCUCCAAGGCUGAGAGCAACUAUGCGGCGAAUCUUUUGAUAGGUCAGCGCGAUAAGCCGUUUGUCAAUGAUGAGGAGAAUAGCUUGCGAACGCCCCGUCCCGAUCUGCUAGAUCGUCCCUAUGCUCCCGACUAUUCUGGCGAAUCCUUUCGGAACCAAUACAAGCAGCUGACGCCAAGUCAAAAUCAGAUACGCGAUGAUUCCGUAAAGAGCCCCGAUAAAUUUGAUUCACAGCAGACACAAAAUAGUCAAACGCGCUGGAGGAUUCCCCCACCCAGCCGCACUAUCCUCCCGCCCGCCUUUGAGCCCCAAAUAGAGCUCACCAGCAGCACGCCUCAACCACGACCCAGAGUAAGCAGCAGCACCACCACCACCACUAGCACUCGCAGACCCACCACCACACCGCCUCCUGUGUCACACAAGCGGACGGAAGCGCUGUAUCAACGAACUGCGGACAUGGAAGCGGAUGACCUGGGCACGAGUCACAGCACGCGCUACAAUACCUCGGCGGACUUUAACUCUGCUGAGCAGCCAACGACCAAGAACUCCACCAAGCUGGUGAAGUUCAUCAAACCCCCAUCGAAGAUCUAUGAGCCUCCGUUCGUAUAUCCCAUUUACAAUCAGGACGUCCAGGAGGUGCAGCCGGUUACGGAGACUUUGCGCACAUCGUCAGCGAUGCCCUUCAGCACAGCCGCGACGCAGACCCGCUUCUCGGCGGCAGCAGCCAGACCCAGCACCACUACCAGGCCACCCAGUCGCCCCACCACCUACGCCGGACAGCCCUUCUCCCAGAGCACGGCAGCCACCACGGCGAGCACAACAACCAAUUAUCGUCCAGCUGUGGCUCAGACAGAGCAUCGAACACCCACGCCGGCGCAAGCGUUCCGCCAGACCACGCCCACCUCGACAGUGGCGCCCAGAGCUGGAGGCAAGGGCGAGCUGCCCUUCAAUGACCUGUUGCCGCCAUUUGUGGACUUUGUGCCACACGACAUAGCCACGACCCAGGGACCGCCCAUUUACUAUGAGUGGAAGGUGCCCGCCAAUGGGCUGGUGCCGCCAAAACUGGAUCCGCCCAUAGGCGUGGAUGGACGCGAGUACCCGGAGACAAAAGCCGACUACAAUGUUAAGGUCAAGCUGGAGAGCUUCAACUCCAAGUUCAAUGACAUUGCCAACACCAAUGCUGUGGCGGCUGCCAGUGGAGCUGUACCCAAGCGACUGCCCAGCUCGCGUUCCAUCAAGCCCAACGAGCUGCCCCUGGGGUCCACGGAGAAAGCACAACGACGCGCGGAUGUGGUCAGCACCGGCUCCGGCUCUAGCUCCCCUUUGACAUCGGAUAUUACGCAGCUGCGCAAACAGCUGCUCAUACCGGAAUAUGCCUUUCCGCUGGAGACCAUCGGACGGACGGGCUAUGCACCCGGCUCCAGUGUGGCCGGGGAUCUUUACAACUCAUUUCAGCUGAAGAUACCGGAGCGAAGGGCCGGCAGCGGUAGCUCAUUCAGCAGCAGUUCCACUCAAGGCAGAUGGUUCGGCGAGAAUCCAAAGUGCCCCGAGUGCCAUCCAUCCUUUGUGGUGCCCGGCACCUGCGAGCCCUGUUUGCGUAGAUAGUUAACUGCACUUACACUUAAGUUUCACAUACCACAAGCCGCGCCUACGCACCGUCCUAGUAUUAGCUGACAUAUAUUGUAUUCAUAGCCGCCCCAGAAAAUCCGCCUUCGCAUUGAUUCAUGCAUUUAAAUGUUAACUUUAUUGUAUACACUCACAGUAAAAAUAAUGCGCAUUAAAUAAGUGAGUAAAACUA